AUGCGGAAAAGUGGCAUCUUGAGAAAAGAGUAUGUGCAUAGAGGCUUAUUCCAGAGGGGCAUAUGGUUCUUUUCUUCCUAUCCUUAUGUGGAGCUGGAAACUGUGACAGUAAAUGUAACCAUCCAGGACUUUGUAGCCGAUGUGGUGUCUGAGCUGGUUUUCCGCAAUACCCAGCAAGUCUCUUGGGAGACCAUGUUCAUCUUUCCUGCGGACUCUGACACUGUUGUACACACCUUCUACGCUACCAUGGGGGACACUCGUAUUGAAGCAAUGCUCUGGGAAAAGGAGGAGGCCCAGCAGCUGUGCAGAGCCACUCCAGGCAUGGAGAAUUUAAGAUACCUGCAGGACCAGUGGGAUCUUUGGGGUCCUUUCUUCGUUUGUUUCUUGGGAACCCUGCCUCCUGACAGGGAGGUGGUCAUCAACCUGUGCUAUGUCCAGGAGCUGCCACUGCAGCCUGAUGGAGCUGCCCAGUUUUGCUGGCCACAUGAGCUAUUCCCCCGUGAGAACUACUUACGCCAGAUCCUUUCUAAGGAGGAGGUAUUCGAAAACCUGCACUUCAGCGUCUGUCUGAAGUCAGCCCAUGGUGUGUCCCAUAUAGCCGUUAACACCAGCCACACCCCUCUGCAAUACACGGCUCCAGAUCAGAUGUCUGCUGAGGUCUCCUUGAUAUCGUCACCCUGGCUGCAGGAUCGUCUGGAAUUGCUGGUGUAUUACAAAGGGUCUCAUGCUCUCAGUGCUGUGAUGGAGAGGAGAGAUCCCAAAGCCCCACCUGGCUCUCUGCUGGGAGACCCUGUGGUGAUGGUGACACUGAUGCCCAGCAUUCCUGAGGUGGUGCCCAGUCCAGGCCAGCUUGGGGAAUUCCUCUUUCUCAUGGACUGCAGCCUCUUCCAGGAUGCACAGAACACACUGCUCUUCCUCCUCAAGAGUUUGCCUCUGGGCUGUUACUUCAACAUCUAUGGUUUUGGGGCCACUUUCAAAGCCUUCUACCCGCACAGUGUGGAAUACACGCAGGAAAGCAUGGACAACGCAGUGGGGCGCAUCUCCUCCAUCUGCCCUGAUCUGGGGGGCUGUGACCUGUUGGGCCUCCUAAGGUCUAUCUACAGCACUCCUCUCCUUCAUGGGCACCCCCGCCAGCUUUUCAUCUUCAUCCAAAGGAAGAUCUCCAAUGAAGAGGAAGCUGUCAUGGCUGAGGUCUACCGUUACCGGGACCAGCACCGGUGUUUCUGUUUUCCUACUAACAGAUGUGACAGCUUCAACCUUUCCCAGGCCAUGGCCCUGGAGACCAAAGGUGAAUGUGUGUGCAUCCACUCUAGGAUGGACAUGGCAUCUGAGGCAGUGAAAUGCCUGCAGCGGGCUCUGCAGCCUCUGGCAAGUGGGAUCUCACUACAUUGGGACCUUCCACCUGGCCUGGAGGUGUCAAUGAUCAGAAAAGCUCCUGAGAUGAUCUUCCAGGGACAUCAGAGCUCCAUCUAUGCCCAGAUCCAUGGGCAAGCACAGGAUCCAGAGGUGGGUGAGGGAGCCGUGACCCUUCAGUACCACGUGGGCAGCCAGUCGUUCGAUUACACACUCAGGUUCUCACUGUCCCCAUCACCAGACGACAGGUUGCCUGUGCACCGUAUGGCCAUGAUGCAUCUGCUGUGGAAACUGGCCUGGGAGGGGACAAGCAGCGCAGAGAAGGACUUCCAGCACAGCGCAGUUAAGUCCAGCCUCCGCCUGGGGGUUCCGUCCCCCUUCACAUCCUGUGUGGCAGUACGCAUGAAACAGAGGGAUGCCUGGCACCGGGAUUCUUUCCCUCCAGAGUCCUCCAUAUUGUCCUCUCCCUCCUGCAACCUAGUUCCUUGCCAGCUGCUCUGGUCACAUGGCUGCAGGCCUGUGCGGUUUAAGUCCACCAAGUUUUGGAUGGUCCAGAAGUGCCAGUUCUGCCUUGAGAUGCUUGGUCGCAAAGGCCCUGACACUGAAACACUUACCCAGUUUUCAGCAUCCUGUAAAGAGCAGGAGGCUUCUCCUGAAGAGCAGGUGAUGGAAGAACCACCAGCAUUUAACAUCAGUUGGGACUGGACAGUUUCACCACUGUCAACAAGACUGUGUGACUUCUCUGGGCUCAGGGUAGUGGUGGCACUCCAGAAAGCCAAUGGCUCCUGGGCCCUCACCACAGCCCUGGCCUCUGCCUUGGGGCUCAGCAAGGCUGAUGUUGAGGGACAAAGGCCCAGUGAGGGUGUGCCGCCAACUGCCUGGGCCACAGUUUUGGCCUUAGCCUGGUUGCACCAGUAUAAAUGGAAGGUAUCUUGGUCAGAGCUUCUGGAGGCCAAAGCUUGCAGGUGGCUGCAGGACCAAGCUGAGGUCCAGCUGGAUGAAUGUCUGGAGUCAGCAAAUUCCCUGUUAGGCUGCUUUGUGGAGCCCACCGUCUUCAGGAUUUGA